UUGCUGGUGGCUUUCGAAAUUACGAAGGAGCAAAUUAACUCGAGCUUUAUUGAUGGAAUUUUCCUAUUUACGAGGCCAUGAUUUGAUCCAAACUACUUAGAGUAAACCGUCUAGCCUUCAGAAUGUCCUCGAAAGGCAAUGAACUCCGUAAGCUCAGCGAAGAGAGUCUUACGAGGCCACCAGAAGAGGUUUUCGAUGUUUUAGAGAAGCUUGGAGAAGGGUCGUAUGGCUCAGUGUUCAAAGCUAUGCACAAGGAAAGCGGUCAAGUUUUGGCCAUCAAACAAGUGCCGGUUGAUACAGAUCUGCAGGAAAUUAUUAAAGAAAUUAGUAUGAUGCAGCAAUGUGACAGCCCAUAUGUUGUCAAGUAUUAUGGAAGUUACUUCAAGAACACUGACUUAUGGAUUGUCAUGGAAUACUGUGGUGCUGGUUCAGUGUCAGACCUGAUGAAGUUAAGAAUAAAAACAUUGACAGAAGAAGAAAUCAAAUGUGUUUUGAAGUUUACACUGAAAGGAUUAGAAUAUUUACACCUUAGAAGAAAAAUACAUAGAGACAUCAAAGCAGGAAAUAUUUUACUUAACACUGAAGGUCAUGCAAAGCUGGCAGACUUCGGAGUAGCAGGACAACUCACUGAUACAAUGGCUAAACGAAAUACAGUUAUAGGAACACCAUUCUGGAUGGCCCCUGAAGUUAUACAGGAAGUUGGCUAUGACUGCCUGGCUGACAUAUGGUCAUUAGGGAUUACGGCGAUAGAAAUGGCAGAAGGCAAACCUCCUUAUGCAGAUAUUCAUCCUAUGAGAGCAAUUUUCAUGAUUCCAACCAAACCUCCACCAACCUUUAAAGACCCAGAGAGAUGGUCAGAGGAAUUCAGAGAUUUCGUAGCAAAAUGUCUGGUUAAGAAUCCAGAAGAAAGAGCAACAGCAUCACAGUUAUUGCAGGAAGAGGUAGAAUCAUUUGGCGACAUUGAUUCUGACACCUUGGUCAAAGUYGGCAGCUCAACAGGAGGUGGAGUAGUAGCAGUCGAUGGUGAAGGAGACACUGUGAAUGAAAACAGUACAAUGAUUGUUAACUCUGGUGACGAGGGUCAAGGGACAAUGAUAGUGAAUAGUGAGGCAGGCACCUUACUGGAGUCAGACCUUGGAACGAUGGUUAUUAACAAUGAUACAGAUGACGACUCUACCAUGAAGAGACUAGACUCUGAUGCAAGACAAGAAUAUAGACCAUCAUUUAUGGACCACUUUGAUCAAAUAGAUGAGGAACAAGGUAAUGGUAGGAAUGGAAGUGGUUCAGGACAGAAGAAUGGACCUGAAGAUGAAACAGCAAUGAUAAAAGGCUAUAUAGACCCAUUCAGAAUCAAGAAAACUGGAGCUCCAGACUUCUCAUUUUUAAAAGGCUCAAGCUUUGAGGAACUUAUGGGACGAAUGCAAACACUAGACAUGGAAAUGGAGAAGGAGAUUGAAGAGUUACGUAUGCGUUACCGAGGAAAGCGACAGCCCAUUCUUGAUGCAAUGGAGGCCAAGAAACGACGACAACAAAAUUUUUAAAGACUCCUGUUGCAUUCUUCAUUGAUGACCCUUGAAGGAGAGCUGUUACUCACUUAAGGAUCUAUUACAGAAUUUAUGAUCUUAAUGUACUAAGUUGGCCGACUACUUAAAUUGUUAGUUAUUUUGGCUUUUUAUAAGUUGACUGCUUAACUGUAUUCAUUUACCAAUCACAGAGAAUUACUAAUAGCCCUAUCCCGAAUUCGCUUGACUGGUCAUGAAACAAUGGUUUUAAGUCGAGGUUGAACUUAAUGAACAAAAUAAUCAAGUUCAGUCUUGACUUCAAACCAUUAUUUCGUGGUCAGUCAAGUGAAUUYGGGAUAGGUCUAUUAUCUUUGCUUUUGAUAGGUCGACUGCUUAUUUGUUAACCAACCACAGAGAAUUACUGGUCAACUGCAUGUGACCCGGUUAGAUGUGUUAUAUACUUAGCGUCUGAUUUAGAAGUUUUUACUGUGUUUAAGAGGUUGUAAUUUGAUUURGGUAGGAGAGGGUUACACAAGCACAGUCAAAGAUGCAAAUACCAGAUAAUGUAAUAACAUUGAUCAGAAGUGAAUGUCAGAGCAAGAAUAUUACAUAACCUCUUGAUCCUUUGGUAGGAGUUAUGCUUAGCAAGUUACUUAUAUAAAAAAAAAAUCAUUACUGUGUUGGGUUUUCAUGUUUUUUAAUUCUGUCACCAAAACAUUCCUAUUAAUUUGAACAGUUUAUAUUAAGAAAUAAAAUCUCUAAUUUUACYUAAAGAAUCAUGUCAGAUUUAAUAAUACGUAAAAUACUUUUUACAGCUCCGUUCAGUGAGGAAGAGUAAUGGUUCCUAGCAGAGCUUGGAGUUGGUGCGCAUGAUAAACUAUAGUUYUGCUAUGCAYGGUAAAUUCAACCUCCACUUGGAACUAUUAUUCGUGAUCACUGACCAGAACUGUAAAAUGGAGUAUUAUAUAARYGGUCUCAAAAAUUUCUGAUCCUGUUGUCAUCUAAAGUUUGUACAAACAUUUUCUAAAUUUACUUAUAAUUCAUAGGAUAACAUUUAUUUAUUAAAGAUUACUAUCAGCUGAAAACCAAUAUCUUUCUCUAGCACGUAGUUGAGUUACUUUGUCACUUGCAUGAUUUUUGUAAUGUAUAAAGAGCAAUAUAUCAUAAACGAAUGUCAAGAUUUAAAUAUCCACAAUAAARUUUUGAGUUUAAAGCAUUACUGCUCUAAA